AUGAGAAAUAUUAUUACGGUUUUGCUGCUGGUUCUGCUUGUGCAGUGCUGCUGCUCAAAUACUGGGGCAACCUCGACGACGACUACUAGUAGUAGUGUGGAGUCAGCGCAGGUUCCAGCAAUGUUUGUGUUUGGGGACUCAUUGAUUGAUGUUGGCAACAACAACUUCCUCAACUCCCUUGCCAAAUCCAAUUAUUAUCCUUAUGGCUGCGAUUUCAGGGCAGGCCCUACUGGCAGAUUCACUAAUGGAAGAACUUUUGUUGAUCUCCUUGGGAAUUUGCUGGGUCUCCCAUAUGUUCCAGCCUACGCUGAUCCUAAUACAAAAGGUACCAGAAUGCUUGGGGGAGUAAAUUAUGCUUCAGCAGCUGCUGGCAUACUUGAUGAGACAGGCCAACACUAUGGAGAACGGUAUAGCCUGAGUCAGCAAGUAUUGAACUUUGAGAGCACCUUGAAUCAGUUCAGAUCGAUGAUGAGUGGAACCAACCUGACCCAAUACCUGGCAAAGUCCAUAGCAGUUUUGGCGUUUGGGAGCAAUGACUACAUCAACAACUACCUCUUGCCUUCCCUCUAUACUUCCAGCUACCUCUACACUCCUCCUGCCUUCGCCAACCUUCUCCUUAAUCGCUAUACUCGACAAAUUCUGGCUUUGCACAGUGUAGGAUUAAGAAAGUUUGUGCUAGCAGGAAUUGGGCCACUGGGCUGCAUCCCAAACCAAAGAGCCACAGCGGCCCAGCCCGAAAGAUGCUUGGACUAUGUGAAUCAAAUCCUUGGUACCUACAAUGAAGGCCUCAGAUCACUCGUCAACCAACUCAACACCAACCAUCCUGAUGCCAUCUUUGUCUACGCCAACACCUAUGGUGCUUUUGGUGACAUGCUCAAUAAUCCUGCCCCCUACGGGUUCAGUGUGAUUGAUAGGGGAUGCUGUGGAAUUGGGAGGAACAGAGGGCAGAUAACAUGCCUGCCUUAUGCAGUUCCAUGCUCUAAUAGAAAUCAAUACAUGUUUUGGGAUGCAUUCCACCCAACAGAAGCUGCAAAUGCCAUCCUUGCUUGGCGGGCUUAUAGCGGCCCACCCUCUGAUUCUUAUCCAAUCAACGUCCAGCAAAUGGCUCUCAUCUGAUCUGAUGAUCACCAUGCUGCACUAUCAGUUUCUUCUUUUUCCUUUAGUUUUUUUAUCUCAAGCUAUGAUGCCACUUGAGAAUCUUUG